GGAAAAGUAACUUAGUUAGAUUACUGAUUACUUGAUUUGGAAAGUAACUAAGUUACUUAAAAAUUAAAAGUAACUUUUUAGUUACUUUCGGCAGCUGCUAACAACAACGCUCCACCACCUGUUAAAUUACGUUUUACCAAUAGACCUUUUUCACGCUUCCGGGUUUUAAAGCGAAUGUGGGGUUCGACAACUUCCGGUGGCUAUAGCGUUAGCAUUAAAAGGCUAGGAAAAUGGCUCAGUCUCAGCGCAGUUGUUUUUGUUCAGUCCCUGGUUGUUCAUGUGGGGCAAGAAAACAGCCGUAUCUGUCCUAUCAUGCGUUCCUGACGGACCCAGACCAACGGAGGCAGUGGAUCCACGCGAUCCGAAGAGAUGAAGGUCCCGACUUUUGCAUAAAGACAGGGAGCACUUUCGUAUGUAGCCGCCACUUCACACUGGAGGAUUUUGUUAGCGGAUCGACAACCAGCCGCCUUAGAAGUGGAGCUGUUCCUUCCCUUUUUGCCUGGAAUAACUUCACUGUACCAACAACCAAAGAGUCUGCUUUCGAGAGGGCUAAGAAACGGCAGUUUUUCCUCUCUCAGAAAGCUAGCCAAGCUGAAGAUGCUACUGCGGACCAUGAUUAUGGGGCACAUCCACCCGCAGGUGCACUUGAUGAAGCUCUAGGUUAUAUCAAGGAGUUGGAGGCUAGACUUCAAAAAGUGGAUUUGUCUGCCACACUUUUUAGCCGCUACUGUGCCUCUGAUGACCAGAUUCAAUUCUUCACCAAAUUUCCAUCUGAGAGUGUGUUCCGGAUCUUCUGGGAGUCCUUUGCACCCUCUGCAUCACGCCUUGUGUACUGGACCAGAGCACAGAAAUGCUUGCUCUCUCUCCACAUGCUUCCUCUCCCAGGAGAGGAAGCAUGUGCUGAAGCCAGCCCUGCCCGCUGCGUACCUCUGAUUGAUGAGUUCCUUAUGUACUCAUUCAGGGUAGCAGUGGGCAUGAAGGAGCAGCUCAUUGCUGACAUGUUUCAAGUCAGCAUAGCUACUGUCAGCCGAGUGACCAGCACUUGGGCCCACUACCUCUUCAUUGUGUUCUCUUCCAUCAACCUGUGGAUUAGUCGUGAGAAGGUAAAAGCCAGUAUGCCUCAGAGAUUUCUGAAGUUCUCUCCAAAUGUCCGUGUCUUCUUGGACUGCACAGAAGUUGCUCUGGAAACGCCAUCAUCCCUCACCUUACAGUCUGAAACAUUCUCUGCCUACAAGAACCGCACCACUCUGAAAGGGCUGAAAUAAGAAAUAACAAAGGUCAGUGGAAUCCUUCCUCUGCUUGAGCUGGGAGAUGAAGUCAUUUCAGAUAAUGGCAAGACCUCCUUCAUGAAGUUGGAGCCAAACUCAUCAUUCCUCCAUUUAGGCAUACUGGCCAGUUCAGCAAGAAAGAGACAGAGGAGACCCAGACCAUUGCUCGACUGCGGAUCAUUGUAGAGCGAGCAAUUGCUAGAGUAAAGUGCUACCACAUCUGGGAUUUGCCGGUGCCUCUCACUUUAAUAGGAACUGUCAAUCAAAUCUAGCACAACUGUUGUGUUUUGGCAAAUUAUCAAGGCCCAUUUUGUGUUGCAGACUAAAUUAUUUCUGUAUGUUAAUUGUUGUAGUGCUAUGUAAAAAGUUAUUUAAAUGUCUAGACUUUAAAAAAAAAAAUUCAAUUAAAACACACUUGAGCAGCAUACUAUACUAUUCAUUUUGUAUUUUCUUGUUUGAGUUGAAUUGCAAGGAAAACAAAUCAAGUACAAUUUACAAUAUCUAAUAAAAACAAAAAACCCUUAACUAUUUCAUAUCUUAUAAUUGUACACUAUACACUGAUUUAAAUCAUGCUGCAAAUUACUAUAUAUCAAAUCUAAACAACAAUAGUUGCAAAUACUUAAGAAGAAGCAUUUUUUAAACACAGGUUACAAGACAACUGCAGUGAAGAAAACAAAUUUUCGUAAAUUAUGCAACUUCCUUUUAAAGAAAUUUGCACAUCUGUAUACGUUUCAUGAGUAACAACUAUUUACACACAGCUUGAGAUUGGAUAUUUGAAAUACAAAGAAACAAAAGGGUAAGUUAUAAUUAGGUUUAUAAUUCUUAUUACAUUGACAUGAACACAUCAAUGAAGGUGUUGAAAUAAAAUAAGUCCAGUUUAGAUUUCAUUUGAUCAAUGAAAGACUCAUCAUGCCACACCCGCUCAACAGUUAUUGUUGUUAGCAUGUCCGUGACAAAGUGGCACCAUUCCAAUCCGCUGAUUGCCAGCUGACCCUGCCUCAAAACAGCAUGGCCAUCCUGAACCUUGAGGUAAGCACCCUGAGACACAUCAUUCUUCAUUCUGCUUUUUACCUCAACCAGUCCAAACGGGGGGGAUUCUGAUGGGUCAUGCACCUUGCCAUCUGGAGUUGCACCAAGAUAUGAUGUGUCAGGACGAACAAUGAAUCCCACAGGGAGCACGUUGACCCUCAACAUCUCAGCAUAGUUUUCGAGCACCUCAGACUCCAUCUGCAGACCACACUUUAUGGUGGCAGUUUGACCCCCUGAUCAUCUGAGAUGCCAGUGCCGUGGCAGCAGACUUCUUCUGCAAUCAUCAUGGAAACGGCUAGUAGUGAGUCUUGGUUUUCGAAGUUGUACCCAUGCAGGACAUCUGGACUGCUCUCUUGUUCUGGCCUCUAUUUCAUAAGACAUUUCCAGUGAAACUUGCAGAGGCUGAAGAUGCAUAAGUUGACUGAGUGUGGGCACAAAACACAUAUUCGGAAGACUAUGCAGCAUCAAAAGAAGAGAAGGGAAGUCUGGAGCCAUGUGGUGCAAAAUGAUGCUGCCAGAGGACUAACCCAAACUAAAGAACAAAUAAAGGGAUGGGUGAGCAAUUUGUUAGGACAUAAUGGGACUGAUUUGGCACAGUUUAGAUUUUUACCCAACUUGCAAAUAAAACUAAUUGACAGCAGUUGAGCCUGUAUUUUUUUUACUGCCUACAAAAAAGACAUUUUCCAAACAAAUUAUGAGAAAAAUUAUAUUUGACACAAGUAAUAUUGAGAUUACAACAUAUUUUAUACGGCAAUUAUAAAAUACAAGUGGGAAAGGAACCUAAAUGGCUGCGCGACACAAUCAAAGGAGGAAUAAAUUGUGUACAUAGCUAUAGUACUGUUAUUUUAAGAUCAUGUAUAUGACAGUAUAUGUAAUUUAGUAUAUGUAGUAUAUUUAGUAUAUGGUAGGAUAUCACAUACCAUAGGACAAAGUGUUCCACUCUUUUUUCUUACCUGUGUUCUUGGUCUGUGCCAUCUUUAUAAAUCACUUGUGCAGGAGGAACAGUUGGCAGCUGGAGUUGGGAGGAGUGUGCAGUCUGGUAAAGAAGUGCAACUACAUGAUUGCAAAAACCUUUACCAGCUGCACAGCUACAGGAAUAAUUCAGCCUUUUCUUUUCCAACACCCAGUGAUAUUUAAAAUAGACAAGUGUUUUAGCAACACAUAUAUACAUCAAUACGUAUAGCAUGUUUAGCUUUAAACAAGUAGUAGAUUCUAGUUUGAAGGUAAGUUUCAACAACAGUAGAAAAAAAAUACAGACAGUUUCAACCGCAACAGAAACAGAAAACAAAUAGUAACCUCUGAAUAAGAAGAUAUUAGAAUAAGCUCUGAGUUAUCCAGAAGUCGUACGUGAAAGUUCUUCAGCUGUCAAAUACGAACAGGAACUCGAACUAAAGAACAAGAGCCAACCGGCUUUCUGACUGUUUCAAACCUGCAGCUUGUGCGGUUCCUCAUUUUUCUUCAUGGAUCUGAAGCAUCGAGCUCUGACAACUACCUGUCCCUCGACAAUAUUUGACACUACGGGCAUGCAGAAGUAAAGCAUAGUUUCAGCAUCAAGCUUCAUCUAGUAUCUCAUAGCUAAGUUCUAGCAUGCUGUUUUUCACAAACUGGCAAAUACAUUUCAGAAUGUCAAAAUACACUUGAAAAGUUUAAACUAUGUCUGUCUCCAAUAUUCCACGGAAUUUAGCAAAAUAAGUUAGGCUUCAUUACGAUGUUUGUGUAGUUCAUAUCUUGUAGCUAGCGGUUAGCUCGCUAAGCUACGUCUUCUCUUACCUUGAUAGCUGUGGAUAUAUUCUUCGUGGAAGAACUUGUUUCCUUCCACACGUUUGUUGGUGGGCGAAUUCGCCGCUGCGAUUUCCUCCGCAUCAGUGAAAGAAAGUGCUGGCAAAUUAAGUAAUGAUGAUGAAAAGGACCAGAGGAGGAGAGACAUUUUUCAGGGUACUCGAAUUACAGUCACCAAAACGGAAGUGCCGCAGCCCUUUAAGAUGCGCCUUCCAGUUGCCGUGAAAAAGGUCUAUACUUAAUUACAAGUUAUUUUACAAUGGUAACAUCAACUGUGUCUCCACUUAUACGGUUGAACUCAAGGGGAGGUUGUUUAAUGGUUACAACAGUACGAAA